UCCCACAGAAAUUCACAAAAUUUUGCCGAACUGAAGGGUUGCUCCCAGGUCGCGUCGUCUCCCCCAAACAAGUGUGUGGGUUUCUCCUCUUCUCCUCCUUCCGGCGGCCGGGCGAGGCGGCGAGGACCCCUACCACCGAAUCCGUCGUCGGCGCCUCUCUUGCUUGAAGUAGAAGACACAAGGUUUUCAGGAUGCCGAGGGCCUCGAGCGAUGCAAGGCUUCUGAUCCAGUCCCUGAGGAGGGCUUAUGCUGCCACACCAACAAAUCUUAAGAUUAUUGACCUGUAUGUGCUUUUUGCUGUCGCUACUGCCCUUGUUCAGGUUGCUUACAUGGGAAUAGUUGGGUCAUUUCCCUUCAACUCUUUCCUCUCAGGUGUCCUUUCAUGCAUAGGAACUGCAGUGCUUGCUGUUUGCCUCCGUAUUCAGGUCAACAAAGAUAACAAGGAAUUUAAGGAUCUCCCCCCAGAAAGGGCUUUUGCUGAUUUUGUUCUGUGCAAUCUGGUGCUCCACCUGGUGAUCAUGAACUUCCUUGGAUAAGCACUUGCCCUACAAGUGGUUAAGAUUUUGUAGCUCCAGAUUAUGGUAGCUGGUCAGCGUGUCUUAAUGUUUGGAACUGUCAUAAUGUCAGAUAUCCAUAUGAUCUCUCACAAAUUACCUUUGUAGGCUGAGAAAUUUUCAAGGAACUAUUAGUCCAGUGUUGGAUCUAGUGCUGACAAUGUUAUACUAUGAGCACUUGCUUAAUUCGAGGAAGUGAAAGAAUGCUAGAUUACUUAAAUACCGUUGAAGUUCUUAACU